AUGGAACCGUACAGAAUAAGGUAACAGUACACACUAUCAUCGUUAUGUCGAUUCAGAGAAUGAUACAUGUUUACAUAACCGACUGCGGCUCGAAAUGAUUUCCUGCUAUUUUUAUUGUACAUCGACAGAUCACGGAAGUCUGGGAAAUAUUUGCAACAGCAAUAUGUAAGAAGAGUAGAUUAAAGAAAAAAUGAACCAGCAGGAAGCCGUUACAUUUUGGAAUGCGCAUUGAAUGUGCAAAAUAAAACAGAACGAGUUCGAAAUGGAGAAGCAAGACAAUGCAGAAGAAACAGCUGUCUUCCAGAAACAGUUGAUCGAAGCAGUCACCAAUGACGAUAUUAGGAAUCUCAGAGAUAUAUGUUCUUCAUUGCCUAAAGAAUUCAACAUAAAUUUUGAAUUUCAAUAUGAACAUAAAUCCGAAACUCUAAUUCACCUCGCUGUUUCUAAAUCUGUCGAAAUUUUGAACGUUCUCCUAGAAAAAGGUGCUAAUAUUCAAGUAAAAUCCCACCAGGGCAGAACUUUACUGCAUGUGGCUUGCAUGAAGGGAAACGUUGCUGCUGUCAAACGUCUGUUGGAAAUUGGCCAGGCUCAUUCCUUCAUCAACGCUGUAACCUCUGACGGAGAAACUGCAAUUCACCUUGCAUGUUGGUGGCCCGCAGAAAUGAUGAUAAGUUUGAAGGAAAAUGGAGCAGAUAUCCAUAUGAAAACAAAAAAGAGCGAAAACACUCUUCAUUUAGCUUGCAAGGCACAAAAUAUUGAAUUGGUGAAGUACCUGCUAGAAAAUGUUCCCGACUCAUCGUUUAUGCAUGCUGUAACAUGUGCUGGAAUAGAUCCAUUCAGCAUUGUGACUUCCGGAUAUAUGCAUGGCAAACAAAGAAAAAUCUUAGAACUUUUACUUAGUCACGGUUAUAGUGCUAAUUCAAUGGAUAGAAAUGGAUCUAUGGUACUUAUGAAUGCUGUAGUCUCAAAUGACUAUGAACUAGCAGAACUUUUGUGUAAACACGGCGCAAAUGUUAAUCUAGGAACUUAUGGUAAUUCAUACAAAGCUAUUCACUGGGCAAGUGAACGGGACUGCAAUGCCAAAAUGAUUAAGCUGCUGAUAAAUCACGGGGCAAACAUAAAUCAAACCUGGCGCCAUGGGCAACGGCCUAUUCAUCUGGCUCUGAAGCACUCCAAAACAGAAAAUGCCAGAGUUUUACUCGAUGCAGGAGCCGAUGUUUCGGGAUACAUACGACUUAGUAAUCCUCGGUUUUCUUAUAUACCAACACUUUGUCUUGCUGCGUUUCGGUGUCCAAGCCUUGUACCACAGUUUCUAGCUAGAGGAGCUAAUCCAAAUGAAGUUCAUGCAACAAGUGGCUUGUCUGUUCUUGGAAUUUUGAUAGAAAACGGUGCAAGUCGAGAGGUGUUAAAGUCAGUUAUCCAAGCUGGAGCUAACAUAAACAAGGGCUGUUGCGGAAAGACUGCGAUCCAGUGCUGUGAAAAUCUAGAGCAAAUAUUUGCCUUUUUGGAGAGUGGAAUUUUUGUGUCACAAAUCGAAUCCCAGAGGAAUGAAUCACUCUUGCUGAUGGCCAUUUCAAAGAAUUACCACGACACAACUGCUUACGAUGCUGUGUCUAAGCUGAUAUCAUUAGGAUGCAACCCCAAUUAUACAGCGACAGGAAAUGAUUCGGCUUUGAUUCUAUCACUAAAAAAACAAUUUUGGAAAAUAGUUAACUUGCUUAUAUCAAAGGGAGGCGAUCUCAAUCACAAAGGACUAGAGGGAAACACAGCACUGCAUGUUUGCUGUCAAAAGGGUUACUCGGAUGGUGUUGAACAACUGUUAACAGCAGGGGCACUUGUCAAUGUGGAAAAUAAGAAAGGAUUGACACCACUGCUAGAUGUAAUAAUGGGAACCUGUGAUUCCGAAUUUCAUGUUUUGAGCAGUAGGCGAAACAUAAAGACAGGCCUCCUCAGAUGUCUUCUGAACCAUGGGGCUGACGUGAAUAAUGUAUUUCCGACCACUUCAGAGUCCACGCUUUACCACGUUUGCUCGCGUGGGGAUUCGGAAACAACAAAAUUGUUAAUUGAUGCCGGCUACGAUGUCAACAAAUUGGAGAAAAAUGGUCGAGCGCCAAUAUUCGCUUGUUUGCCUUUAGAUUCGUGUAGAAAAACAGACACCAUUAAAAUAUUGCUUGAAAAUGGUGCUUCCCCAAAUGUACCGGAUGAGAAUGGAACAUUUCUACUGGAAUGUGUUUUUCAGCAGCUGAAACAACCUCGAAUGCAUAAUUACCUGCACCACAGUGCAAUGAUACUAUUCAGAACUAGAAACGAUGAUUUGGCGUCAGAAUUAAGGUCAGUUUUUCGUUUACUUCUUCAAAAUGGAGCUGACCCCAAUGGGGCAAAAGCGGGCCAGGAUUCCCUUCUUUUACAGGCAAUAAAGAGGUCAGAUAUGGAGGAUGUUGUUAAGACCUUGAUUGAAUUCGGAGCUGAUGUAUGUCAUGUUGGGGAAAAUCAGAGAACAGCAUUUGAAGAGUGCUUGAAUAAUGAAGAUGGGUUAGUAUUGAGUACAGCAAGAGGAAAGAUGCUCUCCCAUUUAAUUGAAGCUAACUUUCCGUUGAACAAGCCACUAGUUAUGGAGAACUAUCCCCUGGAACUUGUUCUGAUGUACGAGAAUACGGAUAGCAUACUUCAAGACAUGUUUUCCAAAGGAGUGGACCCAAAUAAGUACAAGGAAGGGAACGAACCGCCUUUAGUACUCUCUGUGAAAGAGAUGAGGUGGUUAAUUACAUUAGCUUUGAUGGAGGCUGGAGCGGACUUAUUUGUCAAAACAAAAGAUGGGAUAACAGCUAUUGACUUGUUUUAUGAGAAUGUGUUUUAUGAUGAGUUCGUCUGCUGUUCAAGGGACCAUGACUCCACGGUGAAGAUUAUUAAAAAUUUUGAAUUUGCUAUAAGCAAAAUGAUGGACGCAGAAGAGGACGAAAUGAAGAAGAUUGAGGUUAAAAAAAUGAAAAGAGAUGAAGACCACAUUUCUGUGGAACCACCGAUUAUAGAGAAGAAAGGAUCUGGAAAAAUGCUUCGACACCAAGGUCAGACAUUUAUGCCAGAACCUGUGUGGGGGCAGAGACGUUACGGAUCAGGGAUGAAGAUUGUGGAAGCGAACACAUGCUGUGAAAUAAUCAAGGCCUUUAUCGAAAAGAAUGAAACAAGUGUGAAUAACAAAACGCUUGCUGGACUGUACCCACUCACUGUCGCUGUGAAGCUUGGAAGCACUUCUCUCGUCAAUUUCCUGCUUGAGAAGAAGGCAGACCCAAAUUGUAUGGAUCACAUGAAUGACACUCCGCUCUCCCUUGCACUCAUUUACAGGAACGAAGAGAUGGUCAGGAGUUUAGUCAAAGCUCGUGCAAACAUUAAUCACUGUGGUGUAUGCCCAGGGGGAACUGGAGAGAGACAGUCUUUACUAAACAGACUUUUCAAUGACGAUGGAUACACAACAUACAGCAAAGGAGUACCAGUGAGCCUAGCACAGUUUCUGAUUGAAAAUGGAACCUCAGUCAAUCACGAUGAGGAAGGGAGCGAUUCACCUCUGGUUCAGGCAGUCAGAAUGCAAUCGUAUGAUCUCGUGGAUUUCUUACUAACACAUGGAGCAAAUGUUAAUCAUCCCGGAAGAAACAGAUCAACAGCUUUACACGAAUGCAUCAGAGAUGCGGUGUUACUACUACAGCCAAUUGACAGUGACGAGGAUAUCGACGUAGAUGUAUUUUGUAGCGUGUCUUCAAAUGAUAUACAAAUAUAUGGGGACUCUACCACAGAAAUAUUUCAGUGUCUUCUAAAGGCCGGUGCAUCCGUGAACAGCCAGACCGACUGUGGAGACACCCCAGUACAUCUCUCGAUCAAGGAACGUUACUUCGAGUUAACGUCGAAAAUGUUGAAUAAAGAUUUUAAUCCAAACAUACAGAAUUGUGACGGGACUACUAGCUUAAUGUUAGUAGUGAACAAAGACCGCAAUCUAACCCAGCACCUGCUAAACAUUGGAGCAGAUCCAUCGAUUAAAGACAAUGAAGGAAACACCACUCUACACCAUUUCUGUUCUGUGGCGAGGAAGACUGAGAUUCUGGACAUUCUACUAAAGAGUGGUUCUGACAUCAAUGCUCUAAACAACAAAGGAUACAGUCCGCUGAACACUAUGAUCGAGGAAAAGGCUGUACUAAAUACGCAGGAUGUCCUAGAACUACUCGCCCAGAAAGCUGAUCCAAACAAAUGUGUUGAAGGAGCCAAUUCUCCCUUGAUUAAUUCUCUGUUAAGGUGGAAACUGACUAUUGCUGAGUGUCUACUAAACGCCGGAGUGAACGUGAAUCAUGUUGGGGAAUCGGGACGUACCGCUCUACAUACUCUUUUAAAUCUGCAAUUACCGUGUGGUAUAGAAGGUGGAAGAUCUACAUUAUAUUCCGAAAGAUCCCAAAUGUUCCUUACCAAGAAGAAAGGGAAACGCCCAUCGGAUUACGAUUCGGAGCGAAUACAACUGCUUAAAAUAUUCCUUAAAGCUGGUGCAGAUGUAAAUAAAACGGAUUUACAUGGUAAUACGGGACUGAUGCACUGCUUAACCACCUGUAUACCUGUACGAAGAGAAUUUGUUUAUAUGGAUGAAGUUAUUGCCAUCGUAAGGUGUCUGCUGACAGCCGGUGCAGAUGCAAACAUUGCUGACAUCUCGGGCAGACGACCUCUGGAAAUCGUUGUUGACUUAUCAAAGAAGAACAGGGACGAAGUGAAGAUCCUAGAGUUAACCACAGCGCUGAUUAAUCAUGGGGCGAAGUACAACGACUACGAAAAGGGAGAGGACUCUCUCUUACACAUGGCCGUGGACAAUGGACUUCAGGAAGUUGUGGAUUUUCUGGUCAGAAAAGGCGCAGAUAUCAAUCAUCGGGGCAAAAACCAACAAACUCCACUACAUCGAUAUAUCUUAAAAGCCCGAAAAAUUGAAUUACCUUUCCCAGACCGACGCAUGUUUUCACACCAAAAACCUACAACAAUAAUGGAUACUUUACUCUCCAUGACUGAGGACCCGGAUGUGGAAGAUGAAUACGGUGAUUCGCCGUUGAAUCUCGCCAGUCAUGUAAACGCAGACGACUUCCGAAAAUUGUUGAAAGCGGGCGUUAAUCCUCUUCAUAAAGGGAAAGAAAAUGUCAACGCAUAUGAAAAAUGCAUCAUGUCAGAAGAAGUGGAACUAUUGGAAGUAUUACUUCAGGAAAAAGGUUCAAUCUAUAUCACCGAUUCAUUAUUUUCGGAUUUCUGGAACUUGUCUCGUAUAUGUGAUAAGGAAUUAUACCAAAGAGUAAUGCUACUGAUGCUUUCCACAAAUGAGGACAUUGAUCUAAACAGGGAAAACAGUUCAGGAGAAAUACCUCUAACCUUUUUCUGCCAAAGGAAUGCAACAGAGGUGAUAAGUAAACUUCUGGAGAGAGGCGCAGAUAUAAAGCUGACUACAACUACAGGACGGAGCGCUCUUCAUUCAGUACUCGAUUCACCAGAUGACCCAACAAAAUUGAGUACUAUUGCAGUUUUGAUGAGUAACAAUCCGGACCUGGAGGGAAUGGAUGCAUCUAGCAAGACAGUGCUACAGAAGGCGAUGGAGAAAUACCUCGGCCAUUACAGUUAUAUGUAUAGACACCGCGCAUCUAAAUGUUUAUGUACGUUUAUGGAGCACUUAUUGAAUGCAGGUGCAACUUGCGAUCAGAGCGAUUUGAAUUCCGUGUUACAUUCGGCAUCGGAACGACAGCAUUUCUCAUUGAUGACAGCGGCAGUCAAGAGAGGAGCAGAUUUAUUCAAUAAGAAAAAUGGGAAAGGUGUUUUGCAUAGGUGUUGGCCUCGGGCGUUCUACGAUGAAGUUGAUAUGUCAAGUAUGUUAGAGGGAUGUAUAGAAUACAUCAAAACCCACAAACAGCUCGGAGGAUGUCUGGAUGAAGUUGAUGACCAGGGUAAUACGCCUCUUUUAGCGUAUGUAAAAUCCGACCUGUACACCAAGGGUAAAGAGUGUGAAGAUUUGAGUGAUGAAGUAGUGGCUUUACUUGCAACCAACAAAGAUGUAGUGUGCAAAACAGAUGUAGAAAACAUAUCUCCCCUUCAUAUCACUGCUUCCAGACGACGUUUGAACUCGAUGAAAAUUCUGGUGAAUAAAGGGGCUGAUUUGUUUUCAAAAGACAAAGUUGAAAACUCUUGUCUUCAUAAAUGCCUUUCCUCAGAGGAGGGGCAUCUACAUGUAGUUGACAUGGUUAGAUAUAUCCUGGAGAAUGGAAUUUCUCCUAAUGAGGAGAAUAAACGUCAUGAAACAGCCUUGUUCUUGAUCAUCCAGAGAUCAAAGUAUCACACCGGAAAUGACGUCUCAACAAUUCUUAACCUCUUGAUAAAACAUGGAGCAAAUCCAAAUCAGGAAAAUUCUGAUAAAAAUCCACUCGUAACAGCAAUACAAAAAUUUGAUGUCAGACCCACUGAGAUUCUGUUGAAGAAUGGAGCGAAUGUGAAUGAAUUGUCCGAGGGACCAACAGCGCUGCAUGUGCUAUACAGAUGUUUAUCCUACAGUUACUCUACAAUCAAUGAAAAAGUUUACACUAUGCAACGUUUGCUGCUAAAAAAAGAAAUGAAUUUGAAUGCGAAGGAUAGCGGGGGGAAAACUGUUCUUCACGUGGCUGUCAUGGCCUUACGUAAGAGUACAAGAAAAGAUAUAGAAGCUGUGAAACUGAUUCAGGGGCUCAUUAAACAUGGCGCUGAUGUCAAUGCAACUGACAAAAGAGAUCUCUCCGCUCUUUGCAUUUGUAUUGAAUCUGGUUAUUGCAGUAAGGAUUGCAUCAAACUUGGAAAAUAUCUGCUAAAAGCUGGAGCGGAUCCAAAGAAAGGAUGUUCCUUAAACCUGGCAUUAAAACGUACUCCGAAUGCUGAGCUCAAGGAUGAAUGGAAGUCAUUUAUUUUGAAACUUAUAGCAAAUGGAGCGAAUACAAACUCAAGAUUAGAUUCUUCAUCAACACCGAGUCUAAUACUAGCUAUAGAUAGCAAAGAUAUGGACAUAGUGAGAGCGUUACUGGAACAUGGUGUAGACUCAAAUGCUUUUGAUUACAUUGGGACAAGCCUAAUUCAUGCAUGCCGUAUGGGAAAUGAAGAUGCAAAACAGAUCAUAUCCCUUCUGUUGCAACAUGGAUGCAACAUCAAUCAGAAAGAAACGAAAGCGGCAGAAUAUACUGACGAACGAAACCCACUACUUGUGCUUGUCAACAGAAUGAUUGAAGAUGAUUCCUAUGUUCGAAUUUCAAGGAAAAGUGGGAAAAUGACGGCACAAAUUGACCUAACACUGUUCAAUUUAUUUGUAUGUGGUGGAUGCAAGUUCAUGGUUCCUACUAGAGAACGAUACACAGGAAGUUCAGUCCUUGCCAAAUUGACAAAAGCUGGAUAUUUUAAGGCAGCAGAGAUUCUGGUAAGAUGUGGAUACAAUUUUAAAGAAGAUGUAGAGUUCAAGAACUUAGACUUUUCAUCAAUUGACGCCCCAACGAUUCGUGUCCAGGGGAAAAGAUACAAACGAGUUGAUCACGAGAAUGCCAAAACUGAAUUUCAAGACUUGAUAAAAAAUUGCGAAGAGGAACCUUUUUCACUCGUCUGUCUUUGCCGGAGAACUACACGGCAACAUUUAGGAGCUGUUCAUGGUGGCAGCGAGAUAGAAACAAAAAUAAAGUCGCUGCCUUUGCCAAACAAAGUCAAAGAGUAUCUGAAUUACAGAGUGUAUACACAGGAAUAUGAGGAAUUUGAUGUUGAUGAUGAUAGCAAAUCUGAAACCAGCAGUUUUGCUAUGGCAAAUAUGCUUGCCUAUCUCACCAUGCUGAACGGCCCUGUAUAUUCUCAAUUUUCAUACUAUGAUUCCGAGGACGAUUAUGAUUACUGCUACUAUUCUUCGGAUUGAAAAAAAUUGUACAUUGAACAAUUUGAUACUUUUCUUCGUGUGUCUAUUUUUCCUGACGGAUUUACACCAGCUUGGCUAGAUUAAAAGUCACAGCUACAAUCAACAAUUGGGGAAUUGAAGAAUAGUCUACAAAAAUGUAUAUAUGUCUUAAAUUUCUGCAUAGAUAAUAAAUCAAACUAUCGUAUACAACAAAACUAACGGAUUUCUUUACCAUGUAUCAUUUUCGGAUUCUAUAAUUUAAAUUUUUCCGUAAUAAUCUGCGAACAGAAAAGGACUUCUAUUUUAAAAUUUAUAUACAUGGUUGGGCGUUAGAUUAAAGAUCAUUAGCGAUAACAUUUGGAACAUAUAUUGUUAUGCCUAAAAGGUAAGUUCUUUAAGUCCUGAAAAUAUUAAGAUAAGUAAUUCAAUCGAAUUUGCAGGGUAACAGGCACUGCAGUGAAAGGUAUUUUCGUAUAGAAUUAUCAUAUAUCUACUUUUGCUGAUGACAUCAAUAAAGCCCACUUUGCUGCAUAGUUUAUGAUAAAAGUAAGGAUAUAAUUUGAUAUGUUAUCUAUUAAAAUGGUACAGUGCUUGGUGAACAAUUGUAAUGAUACAUGUAAAAGUGAGAAGCUUAUUCCCAAACGAUCCAAAACUCAAGAUUUGGGUAUAAAAUAUACAUUGAAACAUUACUUUGCCACGGAGUUUUCGAAACUGUCUUCCGUGCACGUGCAUUCUAGGGCUAAUGAGUUUGAAAUAAAUCCCGAUUUAGUUGAAAGGUUCGGUUACAAGGAACUGAUUCUUCAACGAGAUCUGUUCGACAAACUUACAAUCGUGAAAUUAAAGAGAACGCCAACAGCUUAUUUCAAGCGUACCUGAGGACAAUAGAACUAUUAUUGUACUGUAAUUGAUGUAUUCAUUAUAUGUUGUAGAAAAUACGUUCACCGUUGCAAUAUACUUUGUUUAAAAUGAAUAUUUAUAGAAGAUAAAUGUUAAGCAUACUUCAAAGAAAUAUGCACUCAUUGAAAUUAAUUCGAAGCCAUGAUGCAAGACACAUAGGGUUAAGCAAAAUUUAGAGAAUGAUGCCAAACGAGGCUGUAUUGAACAAAUAAGAAAUGAAAAGAGACGAAACGCUAGAAAAAAAAUGGCAAUCUUAUCAAAAUUAUAUAUCAUCCGCUUGCACUUUCAAUAUAACUAGUCGGGUUUUAUUAUGUGAGUUACCAGAGAUGAAAUAAUUGUACGAAGCGCGACAUGGAGAUAACGCAAGAAGUUAAAGAUUAAGUUGGAUGUGCAAUGGGGAAUUAAAGUAAAAAAUGUGUUCUCUUCAAAUUCGAAUUACAAUUGAUGGUGCAUAUUUUCAAGAGAUAACAAAUAGGGUAUGGAAUUUUGGAAUGUACGGAGGUAUAAAUGCGGGUAACGGAGACAGGAUUCUUUCGUGGCCGAUACAGAAUUUUGUCUCUGUCUCUCAUUUAUACAGGUAAGAUGCUUGGUAUACUUGCGCCGAGUGCGUUUUUGUUAUAACAGCUCAUUUGAUUUGUAUGAUAACUUACCUGAUAAUGUUUACAAUAUUCUAUUGUGUAUUAUGUAUCCUAGUUAAUAAGAAAUUAUGAUAAAAUGUUUAUUAAAUAAAGAGUAGAAUCAUC